AUGAUAAUAGUCUCCAAUAUUUCAGGUAGCAAGCAUUGUUGGUUCAAGCAACCCUUUCACAAUCUGCUUAUACAAAAAUUCAUGGAAACUAAAUUUAAUGCUGAUGAGAAACUAAAGUUGGUUCAACAUCAUGUUGAGAAAGGCCUUUAUGGUGACAUUCUGAACUUUAAUAUGAUAAUAUCAUUGUUCACGCUUAUCCUUCUAAUUGUUGUGCAUGCUUUUUCUCUAAUCUGCAACAGGAAGCUCCUAAAGGAUGUUCUUGGAAAAUAUGCUACAAGAGAUGAAGUCCUACUGGCCGACGUGUUUUUGGCUCCACAGAUUCAGUUUUCAAUAACAUGGCUAGGAAUUGACAUGACUCAAUACCCAAGAUUGGCCAUAACUCAUGCUGCAUACAACGGACUUCCUGCAUUCCAAGCUGCUCUUCCAGAACGACAACCAGAUUAA